ACCUGAAUCUGCACACUCAGUUUAUGAUAAAGCUUGUCAAUAUUUCAAAAUCAAAUUGCGGCGUGUUCCUGUGAAUAAGGAAUUUCAAGCAGAUGUUAAAGCUAUCAAGAAAUAUAUCAACAAAAACACCAUAAUGAUUGUUGGAUCGGCUCCUGGUUUUCCACAUGGAAUCAUUGACCCAAUAGAGGAGCUCGGUGAAUUAGCAGUUAGUUACAUGAUUUGUCUGCAUGUAGACCUUUGUCUUGGUGGUUUUGUGUUGCCUUUUGCAUGCAAACUCGGGUACCCAAUUCCACCAUUUGAUUUUACAGUUCAAGGAGUGACCUCUAUAUCAGCAGAUGUUCAUAAGUAUGGGUUGGCACCUAAAGGGACUAGUAUAGUUUUAUAUAGAAAUCAUCAUAUUCGGAAGGUCUCACGAAGAUUAAACCCAUUUUAUGUUGAUAAACAAGAAGAGACGGAUUUGAUUGUGUCCUAUGGAAUUAAACCAUUAACCUGA